UCUCCCUUUCCCGCCGGCUUCUUUCCUAAAAAUCCACUCACAAAAUCCCUCAAAAAUCCCCCACCUCCCGUGGCCGUUCCCUUUUGCUCCCUGCCCCCAACCCCUCCCAGAAACCCUCGUUCCAACCUCUUGCCAUGGGCAGCGCCGCCUCGCCGCCGCGAACCCUCGAGUCCCCCAAGGCGACGCAGGAGGAGCUGAAGCGCGUCGCGGCGCACCGGGCGGUGGAGAUGGUGGAGUCCGGGAUGACGCUGGGGCUCGGCACGGGCUCCACGGCCGCGCACGCGCUGGACCGCCUCGGGGACCUCCUCCGCGGCGGCGCGCUGCGCGGGGUCGCCGGGGUGCCCACCUCCCUCAAGACGGAGGCGCACGCCGCGCGCGUCGGGAUCCCGAUGCUCGCGCUCGCGGACGCCGCCGAGAUCCACCUCUGCAUCGACGGCGCCGACGAGGUCGACCCGGAGCUCAACCUCGUCAAGGGACGCGGCGGCUCGCUCCUCCGCGAGAAGAUGAUCGAGGGGACCGGCGGCCGCUUUGUCGUCAUCGUGGACGAGUCCAAGCUCGUCCCCCGCCUUGGCUGCACAGGCGCCGUGCCCGUCGAGGUCGUCCCCUUUGGCAGCGCCUACACGCUGGGGCUCAUCCGCAAGCUGUUCGACAAAUUGCCAGGCUUCCACGCCAGGCUCAGGACGGUCAAGUCCAAGGCCGGCGACCAGCAAGAGGAGCUAUUUGUCACGGACAACGGCAACUAUAUCGUGGAGAUGUUCUUCCACGAUGGCAUACACGGUGACCUGAGCGACAUCAGCGACCGACUGCUCCGCAUCACCGGCGUUGUGGAGCACGGCAUGUUCCUCGGCCUGGCCACGUCGGUGAUUGUCGCCAAGAAGGACGGCAGCGUGGAGGUCCUCAACAAGAAGUAACAGCCGGCGGAGGAAUCUGCAGAGGAGAUGACAAUAACUCAGAAGCAACAACAGCUCGGCUCUGAAGCUGUUCUUGCUCCUACGAGUCUCUAUCUUGCUAGUACGACGUUUCCUCAUUUUCAUGGGUAAUGCGAUGGUUCCCGGCUUAAUGUGCUGAAGCUAAUAAUUUUGGAGUUCGGCUCCAUGAUGUUAUCAAGUCGAUUUUGUUCAUCGCUGGCCGCCCCAUUUUGACUCGUUAUGUGCACCUCAUACUUCGAUUACGUCAGCUGCCCAUUUCUCUGUAUUUAUCUCUUGAUUCAGUCAUGUAGAGCCAUGUGCGUGUGGCGUGUCUAUGUUCUGCGUUCCCAAAUCUUUGACUGGAAAUGGAUUGGCUACGGUCCUGUAACGUCCAAAUCAAUUUUAUCUGUACUCUAAAUUGGACAUGGA